AUGACGGAUGACUACGAGAGCCUGCCGCAGGUCCUUGGCACGGGCUACAAUGGCGAGGUCAAACUUGCCAGAUGUAGGCACACCGGGGCGAAAUUCGCGGUGAAAGCUUUCAAGCUUCGCGGUGUCAGCAAAGAGAAGAGAAAAGAACUGGAGAGCGAAGCGGAGAUUUUUUUGGCCAUGGACCAUCCGCAUGUGGCCUCCCUGACGGAUGUCUAUGAGUCGGAGGAACAGCUCUAUCUGGUGAUGGAAUGCAUGCAAGGUGGCGAGCUCUUUGAUAGAGUUGUGCAAAGAAAGCGGUUCACCGAAAAAGAUGCUGCCAAAGCCAUAUAUCAGAUGCUGUUAGCAGUGAACUACAUCCAUUCCCACGAUAUUGUGCACCGAGACAUCAAGUUGGAGAAUUUUCUCUAUGAAGCGAAGGACUCGGAUCAUUUGAAGCUGAUUGAUUUUGGGUUCAGCAAAAUCUGGCAGCCGAAUACCACCAUGGCUGUGAGCUGCGGAACGUUGGCCUACGUGGCCCCUGAGGUGCUGGAUAAGUCCUACACCUCUCAGUGCGACCUUUGGAGUCUGGGAGUGGUGGCAUUCGUGCUCCUUUUUGGCUAUAUGCCCUUCUCGGGUGCCGAAUCCAAACAGAUCCGAGACAUCAAGGAUGGAAACUUCACCAAGAAACCCGCCAUUUGGGGCAAAGCCUCGGAAAAUUGCAAGGACUUCGUACAGAGCUUGUUGGUCGUUGAUCCCAAGAAGAGGAUGUCAGCCUCUGAGGAACAAGUGAUCGACCAGGGCAUGAUAGAAGAUCUCUGCAACUUUGCGAAGGUGUCUGUCUUUCGCCGUGCCUGUCUGGGUGUUCUUUCCUGGUCCCUUGGGGUAGAAGAACGCAAGCAGGUGCGUGAUGCCUUUCUGCAGAUUGAUAAAGAUCGGAGUGGCACCAUCACCAUCAACGAGUUUAAACAAGCCGUGGAAGCCAACUUGGAGAUUGACGAUGAAACUUUGGAGAAAGCCUUCCGAGCGUUGGAUGCCAAUCACAAGGAUGAAGUGAACUACCACGAGUUCCUGGCAGCCAUGGCAACUUGGUCGAAACGAGACCUGGGAGAUGGGAUCGGUGUGCAGAUGGAAGAUGUGGCCGUUACCUCACACGUAGAGGUGCCACAGGAAGACGAUGUAAAGGUGAGCCAUCACCACAUCUGUUGUUCUGAAGGAUGCCGUUUUCAGUGA